CCGCUUUUUGUAUAGAUAAGCGCUGACAGAUUUAGAUUAACAUGUGUUAAAAAAAAUGACAUUUACUGAACUUCAAAACAACUACAACAUUGCAAUUUACAUUUGUAUAGUAUAAACAGAUUUACCAGAAAGGUCGCCGCAAAAACACACUGUCAGUCAUGUCAUCCAAGGACAAAAUUGUGAUAGAUGACCAAUAUGAAGGCUAUAGAUUAGAACUGUUUUGCAUUCCAAAACAUUAUGAAGAGGACCUGGAGAACAUACUUAUACCAUCUGGCCUCAUUACAGACAGGAUAGAGAGACUAGCCAGGGACAUUAUCCACGAGUUCAGUAACGAAGGAUUGGUUGCCCUGUGUGUGUUGAAGGGAGGCUAUAAGUUCUUCACAGAUCUGUUAGACAGGAUCAAAAUGCUCAACAGAAAUACUGAGACCUCAACACCACUUGCUGUAGACUUCAUUAGGUUAAAAAGCUAUAAGGAUGACAAACAGUCUGGUGAAAUUGAAGUGAUAGGAGGUGACAAUCUAGAAAAUUUAAAAGGAAAGAAUGUGCUAGUAGUUGAAGAUAUUAUAGACACUGGCCGCACCAUGAUGAAAUUGUUAGAUAUUCUGAAAAGUGUUAAGCCAAAGUGUGUCAGAGUUGCCAGUUUACUUGUAAAGAGAACUGAGAGAAGUGUUGGUUACAAACCAGAUUAUGCAGGAUUUGAGAUUCCAGAUUUGUUCGUUGUUGGGUACGCCUUGGAUUAUAAUGAAUAUUUCAGGGAUUUGAAUCACAUCUGUGUGAUAAACGAGCAUGGAAAGAAAAAAUAUGCGUCUAGUUAACACAGACUUCAUCUAUAAAUAGAACAGACUGGAUUAUCAAAGCAACAGACAUUUUUUUAAAAACGGCAUGUAUACAUGUCUUGAUAUUAGUACUGUUCAUAGAACUCACUCCGAAUUUAUUAUGUAUAUAUUGAUAAAAAUGUUAAUUGAAAUAUUUUUUAGAGUAUAUGCUCUUUAUAUCUUUAUGAGCAAUGCUCACAUGAGUUUUUUGAUGAUAGUUAAUGUGACUUUUUGACACUUUUUAAGCUCGAUUUUUAAAGAAUAUGUAUAGCUAUUGCACUCUCUAGUCAGCAUCCAUAUCUGCGUCACCUUACCAAUUGGUUAAGUAUUUAUAUAUCAGUAACCACUAAAGUCUUGUGUUCACGCGCGUGUGUUCACUGUGAUGAUACGUACUCAUGGUACAAGCCCCAUUAUUCUGUUUUGAGUUUUUAAAAGUUAUGUCCCUUUUUAUGAUUUUGCAACUUUUGUGGGUGUCAUCUGUUAACUCAUUUAACAUCAUACAAGGAGAAAAUCUGCUUUUUCAAAAUUGUUUCCUAUUGUUGUGUCUGUGUUUUCAUUAUUUCAACUUCUGUUAGAGAAGGCUUUUGAAUAGUCAAGCAUUUCUGUUCUGUGACAGCUCUUGAUUUAGAAAAGGUAGAUGACUGGAGAUUGUUCUGAAAAUGCAUAUCAAGGACUGAAGGACCAAGGCAAAAAUGUUAUAAAUUUUAAUACAAUUAAACUAUUGUUUUUACAAAUUAAUGUUUGAUUUCCAUAUUGUGGAAAAAACAACAUUGUUUAUAAUUAUGAAAAAAUUAAGUCAUUCUUAACAUUAAAAUUAUGGUCAAAGUUUGGCAUGUAAGCAGGUUACCCAAAAUUUAGUUGGCCAAAUGCUUUCAAACUGAUCACAAGUCUUUGACAUCAUAAGUUGAUCUCAUAGGGCAGGUUUCAUAACUCAGGCUUACGUUUUGCCAAAAUCAUGCCCCUUUUUAACACAGAAUUUUUCUGAACGUUUUGCAUGUACCAGUAAGCGUGUUUCUGAAAAAAGUACUUGACCAACUAUUUUCAGACUCCACACACAUCCUUUAAAUCAUAGGACAACAUCACAUGGCAGGUUUAAUAAAUCUGGCUUACAAAUUGGCAAAGUGAUAUCCUUUUUUAACUUUGAUUAUUUUUUUAAAGUUCUGAAUGUAAGCGUUUUUUUAGGAACGUCUUUGACAUCAUGAAGUGACUAUUCUGGUACAGGUUUCAUAUCUCAGACUUACACCUUACAAAAUUAUACCUCUUUUUCAACUUUGAAAAUUUUGGUAAAGCUGUUGUUUGUAAACUAGUAUUUUGUGGAAGUGCUUCAAACAGUCGACUCCACUGUCAUAAGACAGCUCUAGUUUAUUUUUUAUGCCCCCAAAUGUGGGCAUAUUAAAAUUGCACUGUCCGUCCGUCCGUGCCUGUGUCCGUGGGUUUGUGUAAAUUCUUGUCCAGGCUGUAACUGUGCCAUCCAUAAAGGGAUUUUACAAUAACUUGGCAUAAAUGUUCACCAUAAUGAGACGACAUGUCAUGCAUUAAACCCAGACCCCUUGCUUCAAUGUCAAGGUCACAGAGGUCAAAGGUUGACAUGGUCUGUUUCUUGUCUGGUCUAUAGCUCUGUCAUUGAUGAAGGGAUUUUAAAAUUACUUGGCAUAAAUGUUCCCUACAUUGAGAUGACGUGUCAUGUGCAAGGCCCAGACCCCUAGCUCCAAGGUCACACUUACAAGUCAAAGGUGUUUCAUGUCUGGUCCAUAACACUGCCAUGUCAAAGGUGUUUCAUGUCUGGUCCAUAACACUGCCAUGUCAAAGGUGUUUCAUGUCUGGUCCAUAACACUGCCAUGUCAAAGGUGUUUCAUGUCUGGUCCAUAACACUGCCAUGUCAAAAGUGUUUCAUGUCUGGUCCAUAACACUGCCAUGUCAAAGGUGUUUCAUGUCUGGUCCAUAACACUGCCAUUUAUCAAGGGAUUUGAAACUAAUUUGACACAAAUGUUAACCAUAUUGAGAAGGUUUGUCACACUUAUGACGUCACGUCAUAGUUAAGGUCACGAAGUGAUGUGCGAUUUUUUGCGCAGAAACUGUAACAGUCUUGGGUAUGCUUCAGGGGCAUUUGUCACCAAUAGUGACAGCUCUUGUAUUUAAUUGUUACUUUAUUUUCAAACUUAAACUUUAUAAUGCUCAAAUUAAACUGGAAAAGUAGUUUGUACUUUGCAGGGUAUAUUUUGUAUACAAGAGGUUCUGUAUGACUGAAUGAAAAAAAAUGGGCAUUGGUCAUAUUCUUCUUUCAUCAUGUAUUUUUAACUUUAUAUCUGAAAUAUAUUGUUUUUUUAAGUCUAUGUACUCUUUUGUUCCGAGGCAGUCUGUUUGAUACUUUCUGCCAAGCAGUACUUUUAAACAGAAGAUGCUACUAGUUAAGAUAUUAUUGGUAUAUGAAAAAAACGUUGGACUGGUAUUUUGAUGCAGAAUUUCUAGUCAGUAUUGAAACUAAAAUUACAGUUUGUGUGUCUGGUUUUAAACCUGAUUUAAGUUAACCCAUAGCCUGCUGGUGGCAAGUGACCUUGCCUUUGCGACCAGUGCAGACCAAGAUCAGCCUGCACAUCCGUGCAGUCUGAUCAUGGUCUGCACUGUUCGCUAUUCAGUCAGUAAAUUUUUAGCGAACACGCCUUUUAACAGUUAAUGGUUCUGUCCAAAUUGAAACAUGGACAAGUUCAUUAUAGAAAUUUAGCAGGGUAAGGGUUAAUGGUACAGGUAAAGUGACAUUGUGCUGGUCACUUUUAUAUUCUCUGUUGAUGCAUUAACUGCUAUUACAAUUUAGAAGCUGAAAACAAAAGAAGUCCAGCUGCUUCUUUUCUUAAAUGUACUUGCUGCUCUUACCCUAUCACUCCUUGAUAUGCUUUCUUUAAUUUAUCAAAACUGUGCUAGAUAUUACUUGGACAGUGCUAUAGUUCUGUGCAAUAAAUUCACAACUUGAAAUUUCUUAAAAACAUUUUGAUGCCCUCCACCCCCACUGCCAAAGACCCGGGAGGCACAUAGUGUUUGAACAGUCCAUCAGUUUGUCUGUCCUAUUUUCUAGUGUACUGAACUGCUACAUGCGUUUCCAUCCAUUUGAAAUGAUACUUUGUAUCCAUCAUCAACAUGAAGUGGACAUGUGCAUAUUUUCAGGAUUUUCAUGUCUGAUUAUUUUUCUAGAAAAUAAUGGUCCCACUGUAGACUUUAUUUAUUUUUCAGGGGGCAUGUGUCAUACAAUGUUGACAUCAUUUUUAUUCAUCUGUAUUUUUCUGUCUCAUAAUCAGAUUGGAAACAGGGCUUUAUUCAUUAUGUAGAGCUGUUCUUUAUGCACAGCUUCUUUUGUAGAAACCCAAUUAGAGAAAAAAGAACUGUAAUUUAAAAAAAAGUCUGUAAUAUUUUUCUGAAGGGAUGAUAACGUCUGGAACCUUUUUUGCAGCUACAUAAUUGUGUUAAGCAUAAGUGGUGUUUAUUUCCUUUUCUGCUUGUUCAUUUGUAAUUUUUGAUCCCUCUCUAAGGAAGAUUAUAUUGUACUCUUUUGCUCAUGUUGAUCAGUUUGUUUUAGAACAGUUUGUUCAUACUAAAUAACUGUUGUGAUUGGAUGACUCCUAAAGGUCAAGGUCACUGAAAACAACUUCAGAUCUGUAAUUUGAGAAUGCAUGGGCCUGUUCUGAAGUUAUUUAACUCUUGCCCUGCUACAUUUCUAUAAUGAACUUGACUAUCUUCCAAUUUGGACAGUACCAUUAACUGUUAAAAGGUGUGCUUACCAAAAAGGUACUGACUGAAUAGCGAACAGUGCAGAUAAUGGAUGUGCAGGCUGAUCAUGAUCUGCAGAGGUCGCAAAGGCAGAAUAAGUCGUGUCCAGCAUGGUAAGGGUUGAUGGAGGUCAAACUUCACAAGAUGAUGGCCUGUGUUUAAUAUAUCAGCAGGUGAAAGGUCAAGGUCAUAAUUACUGUGAAGCUAAAAAUAGUUACAAAUCAAUGACUGAAGAUGUUUUUAAAGUACAGUCUGAAUGGAAUGAUUGCAUGUAAUAAACAGAUUAAAAGUCAAGGUCACAUUGACUGAGACUGUAAAAGUUUUCAUAUUAACUGGAAAAUGCUUGGAUUGUACACAAGUAUCAAACUCAAUGAUAUCUGAUCGUGGUCAGUAGAUGGACCUUAUUCUUUUGGGUGUCAUUUGCGCAAGUCUAGAUGGUUGGGAUGGGAACUUCAGACCCAAUACCCAGUAGGUCAUCAUAAGGGAAUAUAUGUUUUACAAAGGGCUCAGGUUUUAUGAAUAUUGGAAAUCCUUUCUGUCUGUGGUCCAUGUUUAUUUUCAAACAAAACCAAAGAAGUAUAUGUAUUAGAUAUUUUAUUCAUUUAGCCAGUAGAAGGUUAAUAAUUCAUUAUAAUUAUAGCCCAUCUGUAAUUUACUGUAAUUUCUUGAAAGACAUUCUCUAUUGUUUAACAUUUGAAUAAUUGAUUAUUUUAACUACAUGUAUAUAGUUUUCUUCUGUAUCCCAGUUGAACUAUCAUCAUCAAGAUUUGGUGCUUUUUGAAGUUUUUUUCUGGUACAACUUUGAAACUUAAUGAUGAAAAAGGAGAUACAGUACCUGAAAAUGCAACUUUAUACUGAAUUUCAAUAUAAUAUGAGCUAAUUUGAUUGUGGUUGUGACUUUUACAAGAGUUCAGUUGCUACAUAUCCAUAAUAUUUAAAAGUGCUAUUGCUGAGAUUUUGUUUAUCUUAUUUUGAAGUUACUUCCUCUGGAUAUUUUUGUGCAAGUUUGUAUUGUACAUACCUCAAGAAGUAUUUGACCUCAAGGCAUGAAACUGUAUAGGAAUAUAAUUCAGCAUGUGAAGUUUUUAACCUGAGAAAAGUUGCCACUUUGUUGAGCAAAUGAAAUUCCCUGACUUUUCCCUGACUAAACCAUACUUUUCACUGACCAGUACCAUCAUAUUUUUUCGGCCUCCUCCUCCCCUACUGUCGUCCAAUCCACACUUUUAUAUUUAUUCUGUUUCAGGCAAGGGUUGCAAAGCCUUUCAGUUCACAAAAUUCCAAAGUUAACAUAAAAACGAAAUUGAUUCAAACACAUUUGAAUUAUGUUUAUACAAAAUUACACCAAAAUGUGUUUGGAAAUACUUACAACUGCCAUAGCCAUUGAACAUAUUAAACAUUGACUCAGAAUUUCAUUUUCCCCCCGACUUUUCUAAAAUUUAAUUUUUCACUGACCAUUAUCAAGGUUUCCCUGACAAUUACUGACCUUGAAAAAAAAAAUCAUUUUCCCCUGACUUUUCAGGGUAAGUGGCAACCCUGCUGAGGUUUUGUAUUGGUCACCUGACAAGAUAUUUCAAAAAGUAUUUGACCUUUGAUUGACACUUGAUAGGAAUACAGCUCAGCAUGUUAAAUUGUUCAGCUAGAACAUUAUGUACGCCCCACCUAAUCAUAGUCUGAAUAAUGUUUCUUUUCAUUUUCUUGUGUUUCUUGAUAAAGCUCUGGUGUAUCUGUAUCCCUCACACAGGAUUGUCAACCGAUAAUAUAGGACUAUAAAGUAACAUAGAGGGAGCACAAGUGUCAUAAAGACUCACAUCUAGUCCCUGUGUACUAAUAUAUCUUAGAAAUUUUAGUGAGUUUUAGCAUACCAAGGUGAGCUAUUGUGACCGGUCAUUGUCCGGCAUCCCUCGUGUAUCAUCCAUCAACAUUUACCUUAUUAACACUCUAGAGGCCACAGUUGUGACCAAAUAUUUAUGAAACUUGGUCAGAAUGUUUGUCUUGAUGAUCUCUAGGUAAAGUUUGAAACUGGGUUAUGUGGGGGUCAAAAACUAGGUCACUUGACCAGAUCAAAGGAAAAUCUUGUUAACACUCUAGAGACCACAAUUUAAGUUUGAAACUCAUGAGAAUCAGUCAGAAUGUUUGGCUUGAUGAUCUCUAGCUGGGUUAUGCGGGGUCAAAAACUAGGUCACCCAGUCAAAUCAAAAGAAAAGCUUGUGCACACUCUAGAGGCCACAACUGUGACCCUAUCUUUAUGAAACUUGGUCAGAAUAUUUGUCUUGAUGAUCUCUAUAGAGUUCAAGUUUGAACCUGGGUCAUGUGGGGUCAAAAGCUUGGUCAGUAGGCCAGAUCAACUCUGGUGAGCAAUAUAGAGCCAUCAUGGCCCUCUUGUUAGUGAUGUAACAUUAGAAGCUUUUAAAAGUUCUCAGGCAAUUUGGGUCCAGUUAUUGCUAAUGGUAUGUUACGCAUAAGAUAGGUAUCAAAACAUGUAUUGUUGUAUGUUACUUUUUUGUAAUACAUGUGUGAACUUUUAUGAGAGAAGUACUUUACUGCAGAUUGUUCUCAGAAAGUACCUUAAAGCAGGCUGUCAACAUAAUUCUGAUUUCUCCUGCACUUUUAAGUUCACUUGUUGUCAGUCCAUAAACAAUUGCUUUAAAGAAGUAAUCAACUGAAAUCACCUAGCUAUUUUUGAUAAAUUUUCACUUAACGAUCUUUUAGAUAGUUCUCUACCAAAAUAUAAUAGCCUAACUGAACCAAGUGGUAUAAAUAGUUACCAUGGCUACAGAAAAAAGCUCUAAAAAUGUUCUUUUCUGAUUUUCAAAAUAACAUUACAGAAAUUUUAGUAAACUUAUCUGUUCUUUUUUAAAACAGGCUGUUUUCUGUGUCAAAAUUCUUUUGUAUUUUUCAAAAUACCACCCUACAUGUGAGAAAAAUAUCUAAAAGUAUAUUUCUGCUUGUAUUUUGAGGGAGUGGCAGUUGGCAGUUUUUUACCGUAAAUAAGGUGUUCUAAACUUCCGUAAAUCUAGAAAUACCAGGAAAAUGUGCCAAAAAUAUUAAACUGGUUUACAAAACAUUCCACAUGUGUAUGCAUAUAUUCUUAUAAUGUACUAUAUAUUAGUGUGUGUUGUAUAUUUUGUGUUUUUCAUUUUUGUAGAAGUGAUCACCAUUUUUAUUGGGCAUUUAAAGCAAGCAAUGAAAGCCAGAUUGUUGAACCAUGUACACUUUGUCUCGACAUGCACAAGGAAUAAUCUGUCUUCAUGAAUAAUUUUGUAACUUUCACUUUAUACAAGGAAUAAUUUGUGUUCUUGAAUAAUUUUGUAACUUACACUUUAAACAAGGAAUAAUUUGUGUUCAUGAAUAACUUUGUAACUUACACUUUAUACAAGGAAUAAUUUGUCUUCAUGAAUAAUUUUGUAACUUACACUUUAUACAAGGAAUAAUCUGUCUUCAUGAAUAAUUUUGUUAUUUACACUUUAUACAAGGAAAAAUUUGUCAUACAUGAAUAAUUUUGUAACUUACAGGUAGUCAUACAUACUGUGAAAUCAUUGAUAUUCGAGGGGGACUAAAUUUUUAUGGAUUUCUUGGUUUCAUAAAUACAUGAAACUUAACCCCAAUGAAAACAUAUAAAUUUCUAUUUCACACGUACGUCUUCAAACACUUCAAUUUGCGAAUUUAUUGUCCCAGCUUAAUAUAUGGUCAUUUUGGCCAAAAUCACGAAAUUUCUUUCCCUCUAAAUUAAAUGAUUUCAUAAUGACUAGAUCUGGUAGAAAAAACGUUAUAUAUCUAAGGCGACAAAUGCCAUGCAAUACAUUUAUAUCAUAUUACACAGGCUUCUGUGACAUACAGGAUCAUUUUUGUAGUAUCAAUAUUAUAGUCAGAAAAUGCUUUUAUAUUUGGUGAGACAUUGUUAGCCCGGGCAUCAGGCCAGACUUGGGCACCAUGGCCCAACUUGAGUAAUUCAUGUGAUCCCAGGCCAUCUUCCUUCAAGUUACAUUUUAUUUUGUUUUGAUUGCUCAAAAUACUGGAUAUCUCGAGCAUUUGGGACUUCGAGUCAUUGAUGUUUUAUGAUAUGAUGAGAUAUGCUGUUUCAGUUCAGGUUACAGAAAAUAAAAUACAAAUGUAAAGUGCAAUGUUUGA